GGGGAGGGGGAGGAUGGGCGUGGGGGCGCCGACCCGGGUGUCAGUCCCGAGUCGCCUUCUCGCAGGGCUUCUAAAUUUAGAUUUCUGAGAAGACUGUAUUGUCUGAGGGUUUGUCUGAGCCGCCUCGGAAGACCUCUGGCUCUUGUCUGAUAAUUCCCGGGAAUCUACCUGUGCUCAUGCUUCAGGAAGCCAGAGGGACCGUCUCGGCUGGUUAUACACCCGGGAACAGGGUGAACUGUGAGGCGGCUACGUGACCAGCUUUCUUGUCCUCUCCUUUUUGGCAGAUACAGAUACCGGGGAUUCAGGCGAGUUUACUUUGCUCCGUGGGAACUGCACCAGAACUGGAGGUCUGAAAAAGAACUGUGUUUGAUAUGCAGAUAUGAUAGAAGACUGCCUGAAAGCUGCUUCCUUUGCCACUUCCUGUGGAGGCCUGUCUUUGCCAUUUGCGGUUUCUUUCUUCUUUUGGUCAGCACCUUGCAAGGAGGUAGUAACAUCCAGUCGUGAAACUGGGAAAAGCCAGAGCUCUUGGAUCAGGGAAACAUGUCCCGUCGGAAACAGACAAAUCCAAAUAAAGUUCACUGGGAUCAAGUAUUUGCUGGGCUAGAAGAGCAAGCCCGCCAGGCGAUGAUGAAAACUGAUUUUCCUGGAGACCUUGGCAGUCAGCGACAAGCUAUCCAACAACUAAGAGAUCAGGACUCCAGUAGCAGUGACAGUGAGGGUGAUGAAGAGGAGACCACACAAGAUGAAGUCUCUUCCCAUACAUCAGAGGAAGACGGAGGGGUGGUCAAAGUGGAAAAAGAGUUAGAAAAUGCAGAACAGCCUGUUGGUGGGAACAGUGUGGUAGAGCAUGAGGUCACGGAGAAUUUGAAUUCCGACCCCUUACUUGGACUCUGCCAGUGUCCCCUCUGCCAGCUGGACUGUGGGAGUCGGGGGCAGCUGAUUGCGCAUGUGUACCAGCACACUGCAGCAGUGGUGAGCGCCAAGAGCUACAUGUGUCCUGUCUGUGGCCGGGCCCUUAGCUCCCCCGGGUCAUUGGGUCGCCACCUCUUAAUCCACUCGGAGGACCAGCGGUCUAACUGUGCUGUGUGUGGAGCCCGUUUUACUAGCCAUGCCACGUUUAACAGUGAGAAACUUCCUGAAGUCCUUAAUAUGGAAUCCCUACCACCAGCCCACAGUGAGGGCCCCUCCAGUGCUGAGGGGAAGGACAUUGCCUUUAGUCCUCCAGUGUACCCUGCUGGAAUUCUGCUUGUGUGCAACAACUGUGCUGCCUACCGGAAACUGCUAGAAGCCCAGACCCCCAGUGUACGCAAGUGGGCCCUGCGUCGACAGAACGAGCCUUUGGAAGUCCGGCUGCAGCGGCUGGAACGAGAGCGCACAGCCAAGAAGAGCCGGCGGGACAAUGAGACCCCCGAGGAGCGGGAGGUAAGGCGCAUGAGGGACCGAGAAGCCAAGCGCCUGCAGCGCAUGCAGGAGACAGACGAGCAGCGGGCACGCCGGCUGCAGCGAGAUCGGGAGGCCAUGAGGCUGAAGCGGGCCAAUGAAACCCCGGAGAAGCGGCAGGCCCGGCUCAUCCGGGAGCGGGAGGCCAAGCGGCUCAAGAGGAGGCUGGAGAAAAUGGACAUGAUGUUGCGAGCUCAGUUUGGCCAGGACCCUUCUGCCAUGGCAGCCUUAGCAGCCGAAAUGAACUUCUUCCAGCUACCUGUGAGUGGGGUGGAGUUGGACAGCCAGCUCCUGGGCAAGAUGGCCUUUGAAGAGCAGAACAGCAGCUCUCUGCACUGAACCACACCCUCCUGCCUGCCUUCCCACUCAGCCGUCCCCAGGGUCCUGUCCUUGCUGCUGGAGGCAGGCCCGAGUUUGUUGCAGGUGGACCUGUGUACCCCUUGCAUAUGGGAGCAGGAUGAUGGGGUCAGGAGGGACCCAGCUCAAGGCAGCUCUGGAUGAGGGAGCAGGCACUCCAGACACCUUGACUCCCCAGCCCACUGCUGCAGGGCAUGAGCAUAGGACUCUGGGGCCCUAGUGUGGCCCACACCCACCCCACGGAGUUGUGAGGGCUAAUAAAUUAAUUUUAUCUUUACUGGC